AUGCGCCAUCGACUCACAAAGCGUGCAUGCGAUGAGUGUAUCUCCCGCAAGGUCAAGUGCAGCGGCGCCUGGCCCUGUGAUACCUGCCAGAGUGCCCAAAAGCAAGUCAACUGCACUUACCUGAAACCUGCGCGGAGAAGGGGACCUAAGGUACGAAGGUAUAUCGGGGGUCAGGGACCGGAACACGCGACAACCGGUCCUUUGAUCACUCCACAUGUUGAUCCGCGUGACGAGGGGAUAGCCCGUGUUGAGGUAGAGCAACAUGUCUCGAGUACUAUCCCAACAGAAGAACUGGUCUCGGUAGUGCGCUUCUACCAGCAGGCGUCUUAUAGCGUGUGGCCGGUUGUCAAUGCAGAAGUGCUGUUGAACAAGCUUGAGCAUGGCACGCCAGAUAUUGGAACCUUGUGUCUGGCCAUGGCUCUCUGUGCAGCCACUAUGGCACAGCUGCAGCUUGCUCCGACAACUGUUGAUAGCACGAUGAUGGCGGCGGAGUGUAUGGGGAUGCGUGAAGCGCAUCUCGAUUUGAGGAGCGUCUUGGUCUCGUUCUUCCUGCAUGUAUAUCAUGCCAAGAUCAACCAGAGGGACUCGGCCAUGCGGUUCAUACGAGAGGCUGUGUAUGGCGCUAGGCUGUUGAAGCUGGAUGAGGGUGUGGGUGAGCAAGAGACUGCGCUCGGUGCAGAUGUCGUUGCUAAUAAAGAGAUUGUAUUCCUCUUGCUCUGGGUUUCUGAAAGGGGCUAUGCUAUGCAUCUCGGUCUCGAACCAUCAUAUACCAGUCCUAUUCGCCUACCCGACGAGGUUGAUGUAGGAGACAGCGCGGAUGCGAAAGGCUUGCUUGAGCUUGGCAGACUCUUUGCCACGUUCGAUGGGUUUUCGUCCGGAAGGAGCACAAAUUCCAGAGAUAGGCUAGUAAUAACUGCGGAUAGUCUUGCGAAGACGGAGACAGUUCUAUCGAUGCUAUCGUUCGGUAAAGGCGACCGACCUUCCACCCGCAUUGCGGAUUAUUGCAUCACGAAAGAAUGGAUGAGGACUAUCAUCUGGCAGGAAGCUCUGUCUCAGCGUCUGCUCUCCUCGAAAUCCGGUGCCCAGCUCAUGACAUUUAGAUUCCCGGCAGUGGUUAGCCGUGACCUUUUGAUGUCGCUACAAGGCUUUACUGAGUCUGACUUGCUGCCUUUGGGGCGCGACCAGCUGUUGAAGUGUUUCGAGAUCGCCAACUCACUCGCGGAUACUGUCCUGCUCACGCCAUCGGUAUCAACGUACUCUGCCUUCCAGUUAGGGCCACACGACUUUCUGCACGCCUUAUACCAGAAGCUGCUGCCUUUCCUGGAGCAAGAUCUCAUGUUGAAGUCGAUACUGCAUAGUAAGACGGCUGAGGCCUUGCUUAAAGCCCCCGCCCGCUUACUGGACUUGAACUAUGACCCUUGGUCAUUCGAUGACGAUCAAGAUAACGCUUACACUACCGAAGAGCAUGUGGACUCUCCUGAGCAGUACGUUGAUUCGCGAUGGGCUCUCUAUUAA